UUUCAUUUUCGACCCGGCCCGACCCAAUAAUAUUCAGUAAUCUAAGUCUUCCCUUCACCCAACAUGUUGAUCCAGUCUAUUUGGUUUUGGUCUUUUUCUUUCCAUUUUUUCCUACUUAACUAAUGACAGUACUCACUCCUCCAUUCCCUUCAGACGCUCUCUCCUUCCGUCGUAUAUAACCUCUCCCAAAAUCCCUCUUUCCACCGAAACAAAAAACAAUUCCCCAAUUAAUUCAUCAAUUUCCGCCUCCUCCGGAAUCAGCGGAGAAAAAUCCAAUCCCCCAUUCCCAACACCAACCAAUGUCCCAAUCCUCCCCUUUCCCCUCCUGCUUCCGCCCCUCCGCCGCCUCCGACUCCCACCACCGCCCGCCAUCCCCUCCGCCCCCGCCGCCUCCUCUCUCCGGCAAGCCCAACCUCACCACCUGCUUCUACCAGACCGAGCUCGGCGUCUUCUCCCUCACCUGGUCCCGCACUUUCCUCGGCCACUCCCUCCACCUCGACCUCCUCCCCAUCGACCACCACAACGGCGGCGCGUGCUCCCCACUCUCCCUCACCCACUCCAUCCCCCACCGAUCCGCCAUCUCCUUCCACCUCCAGAUCAAGCCCUUCGUCUUCUGGAAGAAGCACGGCUCCAAGGCGCUCCACACCCCCGAUGGAGCCGCCGCCGCGAGGUUCCAGAUCUUCUGGGAUCUCUCCCGGGCCAAGUUCGGAUCCGGGCCGGAGCCCCAGUCCGGGUUCUACAUCGCCGUCGUGGCCGACCGGGAAAUCGUCCUCCUCGUCGGGGACUUGGCCCGAGAGGCCUGCGGGAAGACGAAAGCGCGGCGGCGGCGGCGGCCGGAGAGGGCGAGCCAGUCGCUGGUUUUGAGGAGGGAGCACGUGUUUGGGAACCGGAUUUACACGACGAAGGCCCGAUUCGGCGGACGGAGCCGCCAGAUUUCGAUCGAUUGCAACGUGGGGAGCGACGCCAGGCUGAGCUUCGCCGUCGAGGGGAAGCGGGUGCUCCAGAUUAAGCGGCUGAAGUGGAAGUUCAGGGGGAACGAGCGGAUCGAGGUGGACGGGGUUCCGAUUCAGAUCUCGUGGGAUGUCUACAAUUGGCUGUUCGAGGACGGCGGGAGCAGCGGGCACGCCGUGUUCAUGUUCAGGUUCGAGAGCGAGGAAGAGGAGUACGAUCGCGAGGACGAAGGGAGUGGAGCAGCGACGCCGACGGAGAAGGGCGGCGGCGGCGCCGUCGUGCCGUGGCAGCCGCAGGGGAGUAGUAGCAAUUCGUCGUCGUCGUGGGGCGGGUUCGGGGUGAUGAACGGGAUAGAGUGGAGGAAGAUGAAGAAGAGCUUGAUGAUGAGGACGACGGCUGCGAGGAGCUCGUCGUGGUCGUCGAUUUCAAUGUCGUCGGCGUCGUCGAUAGGGACGAACUCGUCGGUGAUGGAGUGGGCCAGCGUGGAAGAGAGCGAGUUGGGCUGUGGGCCUCACGGCUUCUCUUUGCUGGUUUACGCCUGGAAAAAGUGACGAAACAGCCCAGAUUUUUUUCUUUUUACUUUUUAAUUAGCGUUCACAUUGAUUAAAAAAAAAUCGUUAAUUGUGGGGCUAUUUUUUUCCUACUUUUCCCCCUGUCUCUUUUUACCUUUGUUAGUUGGGUGAGAAUUUUCUGACUAACCACAUUUGUUUGAUGAACAUAGCAACGGAUUGAUUAUAGAUUGUUAUUAUAGUUUGGAAAUCAAUCAUUUCCACACAUCUAUAUUUUUUUAUUUGCUUUUAGGGUUUCUCCAUGGCCUUACAUCAUUUUGAGCAAUUGAAAUGACCAACUUUAAAGCCUGAUUAUAGCACACUUACCAUUGGAUCAAACCCUUUGCACUUUGGUUAGAUCAUCCGAACAAUUAUAGUUCGGUUGUUGUACAUGUAUCUUCACAAGUUCAUCAAAGAUUUUACAAACAUCUCAACUUCUUGAAUCGUCACUAAUAAUGAAAUCUGAUUAACAAUUGUUUUCGACAUUGAUGUCGUCAUAUCGUCACGACAUUGUAGAAUUACCCUUUUGUCGGUGUGGCAGAGCAGAAAUGGGAGGUUAGGCAGGCGACAAGGGGGCACCAAAGUAGGUAGAUUGAUUCCAUUUGGGGUUUCAUUUAGGUAUUUGCUAUAAUAUUUACUUGUCACGGAGUUAGUUUAACAAACCUGAAUUAAUCGCAGAAGGGCCACAUGGAGCCACGGUAAGCUAUCGGGCAGAGGAUUCCUCCUCCAUGGAUGAAUUUAUUUAUUUAUUUUAUUAAUAAAAGAGUUGGGUUAUCGAUUUCAAAGGGUGGAUGAGUUGUACGUACAGCAAAGAUUGUUGGCGACGAAAUUUCCACCCUGAAACAGGACAACAUCCAUGUGAAUUGUGGGUCCUUCUCUUCUCCUCUAUUAUUAUUUUCAAUGGGAAUUAGGAAAAAUAAAUAAAUAGUUUGUUUAGGAGAAGGGGACAUAAUUAACAUAAUAGAGCUAAAAGAUAAUCCAAAGGGGUCAAUCUACUAUUCGGGUUGACCGGUUUGGGUUCGGUUUUGGAUCGGUCGAAAAAUGGCAAAAAAGAUAAAGCAAUCACUAAUGUAUAAAUGGGGGAACAAAGGUUUGAAGUUUGGGGGGACAAAGGCACCAACUUUAGGACGACAUUAUUGUAUUGGUACCCCAAAGGAAACGGCAACUGAACCCACUAAUUGAAUUUUUAAGAGAAAGGGUAGGAGUCCCUAGGCAGGACUUUUGUUACUGUAUUUAUACGGCUUACUCAAGCUUUGAGUAUUGGGUUUGUGAUACAAAUGGUGACAAAGUUUUUGGGUAUCUGAUAAAAUGAUAAACGUUGUUUAGACUGUAAUUAAAGAAUCAUAUAUAUACGUAUUUUGCUAUCCGAAAUAUCAAGUCGGCUAGCUGACUCACUACAAAAUAUAAACAUACUUCUUUGCACGGAGCAAGGUGAUUGUAAAAUUUAGAUGGAAAUAUGGAUGAAAAAAGAAGGAAAAACCAUCUUGUUGUUCGUAGUGAUACAAGUGUGAUUUUUUGCUAGGUUGUAACGUUUGUGACCAUUUUGUUGAAUGACCAACGCUACGUGACCAUUUUGAUCAAUUACCCCUUUAAGUAUUAUUUGUUUUAAGUACAAUUGUAUAGAAUUUAUUUUUGUACAUUUUUAUACAUUUUUUAUAACUUAAGUUCUUGAGAUUUAUCAUUUUUAUUUAUUUUUCCAUGGUAUUCAAGCCUUUAAUCAAGAUGGUUCAUUAACUUGAUAUAAACUCGUACUUAGCCGCAUGGUAAGCAUGUGCAAAAUUCUAACACAUGGAAUGAGUUUCAUUUUAGUGGUGGUACAAGGAUAUUAUAUUGUAGAUUCAUUAUUGGACCUUUUUUUCAACUCCAAUAACUCGUACUAAUUAGUUUUUAUACUCAACAUAUUAUCUACAUUGUUCGAAAAUUGUUGAAUGCAUGCAGUAAUAACUGUCAUGGUUACGU